GUCAUACCUUACCGGUGGCAGAUAUAUCUUUAUAACUGAAAUACUUGCUUCAAACCGGUUUCUAUUGCUUUUCAUUGACAAAUUAAUUGAUUAUUCAUUUCUGAACUUCUUUCUUCUUUUUAAUUGUUUGCGAGCUUGUGGGUCAAAAGAAGGAAAAAGGGAAAGGGAAAGAAAAAGAAAAAGAAAAAGAAGAAAAAGAGUUCCUUCCAUAUAUCUUUGGCUCCCACAAUGGCUUCGUCCUCAUUUGUUAUCAGAACGCCGUGUUCAUCUGCCAAUAUCGGGCCCGGCUUUGAUGUGAUCGGUCUGGCAUUAUCGCUCUAUCUCGAGCUUCAUGUCACUAUUGACUCUUCUAAACCAUCCUCACAGCACCCUCUGAAUUGUGUCGUCACCUAUGAUGAUCAAACCAACAGCUCUGAAGAGAUCAGUCUGGACCCCGAAGUGAACUUGAUCACCCGUGUAGCUCUGUAUGUACUUCGAUGCCAUGAUCAGAGAGCCUUCCCCGCCGAAACCCAUGUCCAUAUUGUAAAUCCUAUCCCUCUGGGUAGGGGUCUUGGUUCGUCUGGUACUGCAGUGGUGGCGGGUGUGAUGUUGGGAAAUGAAGUAGGCCACCUCGGACUGAGCAAGGAACGGCUACUAGACUAUUGCUUGAUGAUUGAGCGGCACCCGGAUAAUGUCGCCGCGUCUCUUUUUGGCGGCUUUGUCGGAACUUACUUGAAUGAACUCAAGCCUGAAGACAUAGCACGCAUAGAGAUUCCACUUAGUGAAGUUUUACCCGCGCCGGCGGGAGGUAUCGACACCGGUAUACGACCCCCAGAGCCUCCACUCGGAAUUGGCCAUUACAGAAAGUUUCAGUGGGCCAAGGAGAUUAAAGCUAUCGCGAUCAUCCCAGAUUUUGUGGUACCGACAGCCAAUGCACGAGGUGUUCUCCCCACCGCGUAUUCGAGGGCCGAUGUUGUCUUCAAUUUACAGCGUGCUGCCUUACUCCCUGCAGCGCUAGGCACGUCUCCCCCUGAUCCAGACAUGAUCUAUCUAGCCAUGCAGGACAAGGUCCACCAGCCGUACCGCAAAACCCUUAUUCCAGGUCUGACGGAAAUCCUCCAAUCCAUGACUCCGAGCACACAGCCAGGGCUCCUUGGGAUUUGUCUAUCUGGAGCAGGGCCAACAAUUCUAGCUUUAGCUACUGAUAGAUUCACCGAAAUCGCGGAACGGAUUAUUGCUAACUUUGCUUCCAAUAACAUUUCCUGCCAAUGGAAGCUGCUUGAGCCUGCCCAAGAUGGGACUAUGGUGCAUUAUUAAAUUCGCUGCGAACCCCUUAUCCUCUCUACCUGUUAUUAAAAUGAACGGAGGAAAUGGAAUAAUAGUUACUCAUACAUAUAUGUAUAUAUAUAUAUAUAUACCUAAGACUUUUUCCUAGACAAACCAUGUUUCCCAAAAGGAUCCUUUACUCAGUUGAACUGUUCAGGGGACGGGAUCUUUAGCGAGGAUAAAGUUGAAUAAAAAGCGAAGCCUAG